UGUCUCCGACUAAACAUAACUUCCAUUCCGAAGCGCUUAAAAGGCUAAACUGUGCAAUUUCUCAUCUGAUUAUUCAAUCCCUCCGCCGCCGCCGCAAUGGGUUCCUCCGGCAAACGACGCCGCCGAUCUUCAUCACAAUCCUCCGAUUCUAACACCAACUCCGAAUCCGACUCAUCUCCACCACCUAACCGCCGUCACCGCCGCAACAAAACCCUAGACCGCCGCCGCAGCAGCAGAUCGAGAAAUCACGGCGACGAAGAGAGCAGUAGUAGCGACAGCCACGAUGACGAGCGAGAGCCAAACAAGACAAAAAAGAAGAAAAUCACUGAUGAAGAAAUUGCUCUAUAUAUGGCUAAGAAAGCACAAAAAAAGGCAAUGAAAGUAGCUAAGAAGUUGAAAUCAACUCAGAAACAAGUUUCCGGUUACUCUAACGAUUCAAAUCCAUUCGGAGAUUCAAAUCUAAACGAAAACUUCGUGUGGCGUAAGAAAAUCGAACGUGACGUUACACGUGGCGUGCCACUGGAUAACUUCUCUAUAAAGGCUGAGAAACAAAGGCAAAAAGAAAGAAUGGCUGAAAUUGAAAAGGUUAAGAAAAGGAGAGAAGAAAGGGCUAUUGAAAAAGCCCAAAGAGAAGAGGAAUUACAGUUAUUAGCCCGAGAACGGGCCCGGGCUGAGUUUCAAGAUUGGGAGAAGAAAGAAGAAGAGUUUCAUUUUGAUCAGAGUAAAGUUAGGACCGAAAUUCGACUUAAACAGGGUAGGGUUAAGCCUAUUGAUGUACUUAUUAAGCAAUUAGAACCGAAUGGUGAGUUUGAUGUGGAGAUAGAAGAGCCUUAUGUUGUGUUUAAAGGUUUGGGUAUUAAAGAAAUGGAAGAAUUAAAAGAGGAUAUUAAGUUACAUAUUGAUUUAGAUAGGGAAACGCCGUUGCAUAUACAGUAUUGGGAAGCGCUUUUAGUGGUUUGUAAUUGGGAAUUAGGUGAAGCUAAGAAAAGGGAAGCGAUGGAUAAAGCGCGAGUAAGGGGUGAGGAAUUGCCGGGUGAAUUAGAAGAGAGGGGUUUGCAUUCGAGUAUUGAAACGGAUGUUAAGUCGUUGUUGGAAGGGAAAGGGUAUGGUGAGUUAGAAGCAUUGCAGUUGCAGAUCGAGUCACAAAUGAGGUCUGGUACUGCUAAAGUAGUGGAGUAUUGGGAAGCUGUUCUUAAACGGCUUCAGAUUUAUAAGGCUAAGGCUUGUUUGAGGGAAAUUCACGCGAAAAUGCUGCGUAAGUAUCUUGAACAUCUUGAGAAACCAUUGGAGAGAGGUGAUGUAGAGGUGGAAGAAGAGACAUUGAGGACUAACGAGGAAGACGUGGAUAAUGAGCAGAAUGAUGCUCAAGCUAUGUCUCCGGAGCCGUUCUUGAAUGAGGAGGCUAAGGAGAAAGAGGAGGAGGAGGAGGAAGAAGACGAUGAUGAUGCGGGUUCUUAUUCGCCUGUGUUAAUGCACGGGGAUGAUAAAGAAGAAGCAGUUGAUCCUGAAGAGGACAGGGCAAUACUCGAGAGGAAACGUAUGGCUGUUUUGGAAGAGAGACGUGCCCAAGAUAAGGUUUUGCCACCACCAACUCCUGCGGAAGACAACUUUGAGAAGAAGGUUUCUAAAACUAUGGGAGCAAUGGAGGAAGGGGAUGCAGUAUUUGGCUCAAACGACGAAAUUAAUCUUGAUUCGCAGGUGUACUGGUGGCAUGACAAGUAUAGGCCAAGGAAACCAAAGUAUUUCAAUCGUGUUCAUACUGGUUAUGAAUGGAACAAGUAUAAUCAAACUCAUUAUGAUCAUGACAACCCACCUCCAAAGAUUGUGCAGGGAUACAAAUUCAAUAUCUUUUAUCCUGAUCUUGUUGACAAAGCAAGAGCUCCAACUUAUGUCAUAGAGAAGGAUGGAGAUAGUGCUGAUACUUGCAUCAUAAAAUUCCAUGCUGGCCCUCCCUAUGAGGAUAUAGCUUUCCGAAUUGUUAACAGGGAAUGGGAGUACUCUCAUAAGAAGGGGUUCAAGUGUAUAUUCGACCGAGGAAUUCUGCAUUUGUACUUUAACUUCAAACGUCACCGAUACCGUCGUUGAUGAGCCUCGAGAAGCACACAGGUUGUUGCAAAGCUCAGUGUUUUGUUAUUUAUUUCUUGUUUAUGUAUUUGUUAGGCCCGCUGGUACGUGAUGUUCAUUCAUGAAGGAAGAAUUAUGUCAACUGGCUCUAAAGUGUGAUACAAAUCCGGAGCUCUUCUGAUUAACUUAUGCUAAUGCUGAAGUGGAGUCACUGUUGGCUGAAAGAAUUGGUGGCCGGGCUUAUACAUGACACAACACCUCGAAGAUAAGCAGCAAGAUAUGGCUUAGACAGUACGAUUUAACUGACAGUAAGGCGGCGUGAUCAUGAUGGCGAAGACGGGCACAUGAAGAACUAACUCAUUGAUCAGCUCCAAUAGGAUGAGAAUGACGGUGACAGAAUUGCUCUUAUGUUGUAGCCCAUGAAGAGCUAAUUAAGAAGCAAGUCCAAAGAAGCGAUCGAUGGCAUAAAACAAAUUUAUCGACUUGUUCAGUAGUUUGAGACGCACACACAAGGAGCCUACUGUUUUGGUAGCCAUAGCAAUAUAAACCAACCCAGUACACUGAGCUUCCAUCCGUUCCGGAGAAGGGUCGGACCAACCAAGUCUUAUGUAUGUACGGAGCCUUACCUUAUGAAAUAUCUUCCUAAAGCCUUGAUCAUGAAUUGUCAAAGGGUCCAUUCUGGUUGUCAUUUUCUUCUUUCGUGUUCGAGUGCGAGGUGAUAUGGAAGAAAUUAUUGUGAAACCAAUUAUUGUUAUCAUCGUAUCCAAGAGAAGGGCCAGGAGAUCUUUGUAUAUAUGAAGUGUCCAUCUCUGUUAUGAUCAUUAUUAGAUUUAGGGGAAUGUCCUUUGACAAAGAUGGAGUUCACACUGCUUUCUCUUUUAUGGUUAGUAAUGGGGCUAUUUUAUAGUUGCCACACAACAUGCAUCUUCCUAAAUUAAUGUCAUAUUCUAAGCUGUUAUCGUCCAA